AAUAGGCUUGGCAUGCGUUUAUCCACCUCCCGAUUUGAACAGCACAGUACCCCGCACAGGGAUCACCACUGAUUGAGCUCGAUACCUAAGCUAUAGAUACAGUCCAUCAUCGCACCAGAACGAAGAGAUCAGUGGCAGGCAUGGUAUGCUACUUCUUCCAACAUUCAAAAAUGCUUCUUCAUUUGGUGUUUCUGGCUCUUCAGCUGCAUCUUGCAUUUGCGGAUGAUUCACCCCUGGAGGUGUUCCAAGUGGAAGCACCAUUGAGAGCAACUUAUGAGGGAGCAAGCUGUCAACAGGUCGUGGUUCAGCAUGAAUUCGCUGCGAGUUAUGGAACCCCAUACGUUGGUAAGUAUGCACUCUCCAUAUCAUUUUUUUCUUGAGACUGAUAUAAGCGAAGGGACGUAUUCUCCGCCAAAAGAUUGUGAAUUUUCCACCACUAUCUUUAACAUUUCAGUGACAUCAUCUGGAAUAAAUUAUGACAGACUCGGGCUUCUGUAUUUUGGGGAUAUCGAGGUACUGUUGUUGUAUAUCAACCGUAGUAGAGUCCUAUUGACACUUCAGGACAGGUCUGGCGUAUGACAACUGCCAUGCCCGUGCGGACAGGUAUUUUUUGGAAUUAUCAGAAAGACGUCACGGUUUUCGACACCCUUAUUCGAUCUGAGCAGACGGUUAUCAUGGGUCUAGACAAUAUUUAUAAUUCGGUCUUCACUGGAACCUAUAAUGUUACCAUCACAGCUCUCUACUUCAACGACGGAGAAGCUUUGACACCUGCGGAAAUGAUUCUGCCCAUCUCAACAGAAUCUUCCUGUGACAACAAAAUUUCUGUCAUCUCACUGCCAGAUGGUGAUGGAGCCACUUCAAUCGUUUUCCCGCGAAAUACUGAGAGGGCUGUUGUCAGUAUUCUAGCUUCUGGUAAUGGGGCGGAGGAAUUUUGGUAUAGAAACGUCUUGACCGAGCAUAUAAAUACCUUCAACAAUACGAACCUCUCCGGAUAUAGCCCGUUCCGAGAAGUUCAGCUUCUGAUUGAUGGGGAAUUGGCAGGCGCAAGCUGGCCUUUUCCCAUCGUAUUUACUGGUGGAAUCAGUCCUGGUUUGUGGGUCCCAAUAGUGGGAAUUAAAACUUAUGAUCUCCCGAGUUUCGAGAUUGAUAUCAGUCCAUGGCUAGGGGUUUUGUGCGACGGAACAGAACACAAGUUGGAGAUCAAGGUUGUGGGUUACGAUUCGGAGACAACGUUGGGUACUGUUGGCUCGAACUGGUGGGUUUCUGGAAGUGUAUUCGUAUGGAUCGAUCACCAUGGGAGUCAAACCAUCGGAACUGUAAGCAAAUCCUACUUAACUUUUGAUUCUAUUCAAUCUUUUAACUCUUUCUCAGCCUGUUACAUCAAACUUACCACCACCGGAUUUUCACUCCUCGUCCCAAUUCACGACCGACUUCGGCUUAAAUGCCAGUCUCUGGUCCGAAUUGACUGCUCGUCGCAGUCUCUCUCACACCUCAUCAGUCACCACGUCUACCGGAACACGUCAACUUACAUUUUCCCAAGACCUCUCGUAUGGUAACCUCCAAAACUACUCCGCAAGCAGCUUCAACAAGACACUAUGGUCACAAAGCAAAGGCACCACCUCCUUUACCUCAUUCUUCAACGACACUUUGAUUGAAAACUCUUUUGCCUACCCUAUAUCCUUCACCACAGAUCUCAUCAACCCCGAGGAUUUCCAAACCACAAACUCCACCCUAGUAGCAUGGCUCGAGCGCUCAGCUCAGAGCUCUACGGUUCCAAUCUUGUCGUAUCUUACCAACCAGGCUUCCGCUCAGGUUCCAGGGGUCGUAACGACACGACAGAAAGGAAGUGGUACUUAUUUUUGGAACAAUACUUAUUAUGAGUUUGCGGGGGCUAUCGAUCCCGCAAUUGGAACAAAUGGGACUACAGAGCAGUGGUAUUCUUCUAAGGGGUUUCUGGGUGAGUAUGGGAGGCAUGUUCAGGCUGUUGAUGGGUAUGAACCUGUUUUGAUCCUGGAUGGGGAGCAUGACCACGUUAUUCAGAUGACUUAAGAUCUAGGUUGAGGGGUUCGAAAGUGACGAGUUGAAACAGAUGUUCUCCGGUUGUUUGUAUCGGUAUUUAACUAUCGUCUACGGAAUGGCCUAGAUGCAUGGCACUAUUCAAUAACGGCCGCAGCCGAG